AUGGGGUGCAACCACGAGGAAUUGUUCCUGUUCUUCCUGAACAGCAGCGAGGCCACUCCAUCCGUACCCCUGCGUGUUCCCCCGGGUAAGGCGACGGCGAAAGGAAAACGGGGCUCCGCUUCCCGUCCUGCUGCUGCGUUUCCCGCGAAGAAGGCUCGCCUACAGGGGCUGACUCCAACCGGUGAUCCCGUUCUGGAAGCCCUCUCGGACAUCAAGAUGUCCGUCGGCGACAUGGCCCACCGCAUCACCGUCCUGGAGGCCGGGGCGGCACCGGAGAUUGGCCUCGCACAAGGUGUCACGCACCCAGCAGUGACCUCCGACCGAGCCGUGGUUCCAUGGAGUAGCCUGGCCUCGGCAGUACCGGCCGCUGCCUCCGGUGCACCGUUCCUGUCCCCCGCGGCUGGCCUGUCGGCGCAUCUCAGGAACCAAAUCAUCGCAGGUAUGGACAUUAACCUUGUUCAGAUACUGCUGGGUGCUACCGACCUGUUGGAUAAGCGUCUGAUAGAUUGCGGGGAUGUGUCGGUAUUUCUGAAAGGCAGCGACCCCAGGAUGUCAAAGAACUUGACUCUGGCCGAAUUCUGCGUGGCGUUUGGUGUAUACCGUGACACCUUGUGCAAGGCGUACCCCGAGCGUCGCGUGGAGCUAGACGACUACCUAGCUUUGAUUGCGGAUCUGGCCCUGCGCUACGGCAGCAGUCUCUUUUACGAGUACCAUAAGUGCAUGUCCGCCAAGGCUGCUCUGCACCUACAGAAGUGGAAUCUGCGGCUGGACUGGUCGGUGAAGGAUCUAGACCUGGUGAGCCGGGUGUUCACAGGGCACAUGCCGAUCUCCUGCUCGGUGUGCGGAUCCCUGGGUCACUCGGUCAAUCUCUGUCCUAGAACCGCUUAUGUGGCGGCCAAAACCGAGAGGACCCAGGAGGCUGUAGGCCUACCUAAGGGUGGUCGGAAGAAGUUACUGCGGGGACGCUCAUCCCCGAGCUGUGUGCCCUCGUCGGGCCCGCCCGGCCCAGAAGGCCAAGUGAAUAAACGAGCAUCAACCCCUGUGAACGUUGAGAGACCCUGUUUUGUGAUGGUUAGCCCAAUAGGCGUAGCCACGCGAAAGUACUCGGGCAAGAAGCGCCUAAUAAUCGAUCUGUCGGCUCCGCACGGCUGUGUGGUGCCUAGUAUAAACAGCCUAAUACCACAUGAGCCUUUUUCCUUGUGCUAUGCAAGCGUGGACAAUGCCAUUCAUAUGAUUAAAAUCGCGGGCGGGUGGCUGGGCAAAGCGGACGUGGUCGACGCAUUCAAAGUCAUGCCGCUCCGCCCCUCCCAAUGGCAUCUGUUCGGCGUACGUUGGCGCGGCAAACACUAUUUCGCUGUCCGGUUAACUUUCGGCUGCCGCAGCAGCCCACGAAUCUUCUGCACACUGUCGGAGGCGCUGUGCUGGAUUCUGCUGAACGUGCGUAAAUUGCCGUUCGUCCUGCACCUACUGGACGACUUUCUGGUGGUGGACUUUCCGUGUUCACCUCCAGCCCGUUGUAUCACUGUGUUGCGGGACACCUUCGACGAGCUAGGCGUUCCAUUAUCCGAUGAGAAGACCGUAGGCCCGCUGACAUCGCUCGAGUUCCUCGGCAUCCAACUGGAUAGCGUAUUGAUGCAGGCCUCACUACCCGCGGAGAAGCUCGAGCGCAUUCGCUCCGUCAUGGGGGCCGCUAGCAGCGCAGUGUCCAUGAGCAAACGUGAAAUGCUGUCUCUGUUAGGGCAUUUAACUUUCGCAAUGCGCAUCAUCCCGCAAGGGCGUUCCUUCGUGUCGCGUCUCCUAGACCUCUGCAAAACCGUGGCUAACUUACAGGACACCCUGGUGCUCGACGUUGGGUGUAGGUCGGAUCUGUCCUUCUGGGCUCUCUUGUGCGCCCAGUGGAACGGGAUAUCUUUCUUUUACAACGACGAGAUAGAAACGUCCGCCGCCCUGGAGUUCUACACGGAUGCUGCCCUCUCGAUCGGGUUCGGGGGUUACCACGGCGACGAAUGGUUCUGUGCCGUGUGGCCCGCUGAGAUACUGUCCCUGCCUCUAGAGCACUAUUCUAGCGCACUCCAUGAGUUGUACCCAAUCGUUAUCUCGUGUCUGUUGUGGGGGCACUUAUGGUGCAGAAAGAAAAUCACAGUGUUCUGCGACAACGAAGCCGCGGUCCACAUAAUCAAUAAAGGAAGGUCUUCGGUGCCCGUAAUCAACCGCCUAGUCAGACGCCUCACCUGGACGUGCGUCCUGGGCAAUUUCAUUUUGCGCGCAGCAUACGUUCCCGGGCUGGCCAACCAAUCCGCUGAUUCCCUGUCUCGUUUCAAAUUGCAGGAAUUCCGCGCGCUGCGCCCUCACGCAUCGCCAUACGGCCUGUCAUGUCCAACGUUCCAGCAAGCCGUACUAGAUUAG